AAGGCAUAUAAUCACAAUCCCGUGCGUUGAAUUCACCAAGUUACCGGCCUAAAUAUUAUAUGAGUAACCUACAGGUACCUACCCACCUAGGUACCUAGGUAGGCAGGCAGGUAUACGCUACCUGCAGGUGCGAUUAUCGAUCAACAACACUCAAUACAACUUCACAAGGUCGUAUGUGACCCUCGCAACGAGCUCGCUACACACGCGUGCACAUGUUACUGCGCAUGCGUGCCGCAAUAACCUGACAGCCUGACGGUUGGCAGCCCUUUAUGUGAAAUGCGUCCCGUACCCGUCCCGUACCCGUCCCGUCUGUUUCGUGCGUUUCCUAUCGCAUGGUCAGAUAUUGGAAAUACAGGGAAUUACGCGCCAACGACCGUGGCCGUUUCCUCCCUCCCUCGUACCAAACAACUACGACCAUGUUUUGUCGCCGCUACUGCUUCUACAGCCGCUACUCUCAUUUCCUCACGCGUCUCUGCUAAACGUCGCGCGUUUCCCCCCUGCGUGCCGUAUAUAUGUGUUUGUGCACAGGAGGCCGUGACUGUCCCGCGACCCCGAGCUGGCGCCGACCUCUGAGGUAAUAUAGCAUGGCUGCGAGCCCGGAGCUCGGCCCGGGACAUUUCCCGGUCGCCUUCCGGGAUUUUGACCUCCGCGACGUCUUCGACCAGACCGAGGCCCACGUAGUGGAUGGGAACAGCAGGAAUUUCGUCGUCGAGUUCGGCUACGAAAAAGCCCGGAUCGCGUUCGACCUGGGCGUUGACGAUGUCAAGAGGUUGCUUGACCAAGACCCGGAUGAGAGGCACUACCCUAUCCGAUGGAUCAACAUUUGGGACUCCGACGCACAGAAGGGCGUCGUAGCCGCCAUCGGAGAUCGGUACGGAUUCUCUCCCAGGCUGCUGGGCCUGAUGACGGCCUCGAGACCUCAGCAAGACGACACGCGACGGCAGCGAGACAGGCGGAGGCCCAUCUCGCUCCGCCGUGGGCAUCGGGAUCCGGAGAAGGGGAGGGGGGACGGCACCAACGGCACCUUUCCCCUGGGACGAGUUUCGAGACCCGGCCUCGAGCUCAAUGACAACCUGGCUCUGUACCUGCAAGUCAAGGAUACCGUCAAUUAUUUCUCGACGGACCAGACCCGGAAAGCGUUCUGUAUCGGCGCGAAUUGGCUCCAUAAACGGCCAGCGGCCGAGUUCGAACACCACCGCACCAGUAUAAUGCCGCCCAAGCAUUGGCAGUGGCUUGCACUGUGUAACAAUCACACUGUCCUGUCGAUCCACGAGAGGCCGUCGUUCGAGCCGGUGCCGGAGAAGGAGGAUGAGCAACGCUGGCGCGAUGCCGAACUCAGGUCUAUGCGGUCGCACACGCUCGACGUCCUCCUGCAGCUGUCGCGAGUCGGGUUCGAUCUGUAUAAAGAGAACCCACUCGCCCAAAUCUCGGUGCGGGAAUCACUGCGCAAGUUGCCGCUCCACCGGCAGGACCUAAGCCGACAACAAUCGGGAAUGUCGCUCUUCACGAACAGCGAACUAGGCAGCCUGGCCGACGAAGGGACGAGCAACCUCUUCUACUACUUGUUCGAGGAUUAUGUCGCGGCCGGUCCCCUCAAGACCGCCGAACGGGAAUUAGAGAAUGCGACCCACGAGGUCCUAGAGAAUACGCGCCGGAAUAAGACGUCUAAGAGCUCGGAUAUCAUCCCGACGUUGCAUUAUUUGAGCAAAGACCUCCGAGAACUCAAGCACCUGUUCGAGAACUACAGGAAUCUCAUCCGCAAGAUCAUGACGGUGGGGAAGGUGGACGUGCAGCCAGGCGGCCAGCUCGACGGGAGUCGCAGGUUCUCGUUGACCAAUUCGGCGCUGAGUCGUUUCGAGAGGCUGGGAGACCGGCUUCAGUUCCUGAUGCUGAACACGAUCGAAGGGUUCCUGGAAGAGAUAGCUGCAUUGUCAACCACGUACUUCAACCUGACCCAACAGAAAGACUCGCAGGCAACGGCUCGGCUGACGAGGAGCGCGACGUUGCUGGCCAAGCUUAGCGUUUUCUUCCUGCCGAUCAGCUUCAUGACGAGCUACUUCUCGGUGCAGAUCGAGGACCUGUACCUAUACUGGACGGCCAAGACGUACUGGUACGCGUUCGCGGUGAUAGCCAGCGUCUCGUUUGUGAGCCUGUUCUUCUUCAGCCGGCUGCUCAUGUUCUUCAGCGACGUGCUGGACGGCUGGGCGGCUAAGAUAGCAGACUGGUCUCGCGCGCUGGUCCGGGUGAUCACUCGAGGCGUGCUUCGGGGCGACGACGACAACCACGAGAGGAUGUGAUGUGUACGAUGGCGGCUCUGGACUGGGUACCCUCGGAGCGAGGUUUCGGUACCGGGACUGAGGUCAUAAUUACAUAGGCAAACCUAACCUAGGUAAACCUGAUGAAACCUAACAUAGGCGUUAUAGGGGAAAUGCGGACGUAAUUUACAAGGGAAAAUGAAUGGGUACAGGGGGAUAAGGAUAUUUCUCGUAAUUCCUACAUGGGCGGGCAACAAGAGGAGGAUAUAAUAGUGGUAGCAUGUAGUGGAAUGCCUCCGUACCUGUGCGCUUGCUGGGGGACAACCUGGGUCUUGUAGAAUUGGCCAGGCGAACAUGUUUUUGUGUGUAUAUUAUUACCUUACCUCCCUACCUAGGAAGCAUAUAUAUAUACACCUACGUUUUGGGUUCAACAAAUGAUUGAUUGAUUGAUUGAUUGAU